UCAUGCGUGUCACGACAAGAAUUGGGGUAUGUACCACAGACUCGAAGGUCCCAACUAUGAAACAUCAUCAAUCAAUCAGUCAUUCACUCCCUCUCUGGUCAUUACUCAUUUAAUCUUGUUCCAUUCGCUAGCCGAACCCAAAACCCUAUCAAUGGAACCCAGCUAAUUAAGUUCUGCAUCACUCAGCUCUCCCGCGAAAUCCCCACGCUUUCCUUUCUUCACACAUGCCCUCGUUGUUGUGUAUUUAUAAACCCCACCUCAUUUUUUUACUUUGCUAGUGUGACCAAUUCUUCCUUCCCUCUUCUUCUCCCUCUUCAAACUUAUUCACUGUGCCAUAUAUGUCUCUCUUCGGCUAAACAAAACGAGUGGACUCCACGUGUCAACACCAAUAGGCAUGGCGUCAUCGUCGUCUUCCAAGAGCAAGAGGCACCCGCUGUACCAUGGGAUUCGGUGCCGUGGUGGAAAAUGGGUGUCUGAAAUCCGGGAGCCACGUAAGGAUUCUCGCAUAUGGCUCGGAACGUUCCCGACUGCGGAGAUGGCCGCCGCCGCCUAUGAUGUGGCGGCGUUAGCCCUCAAAGGGAGUGACGCCGUCCUCAACUUCCCUGACUGGCUCAGUACUUAUCCAGCACCGGCGUCUUCAUCUGCCGCCGACAUUCGCAGCGCCGCCACAGCUGCAGCCGCACUCAUGGCGCCGUCUCAAGAACGGACUAAACCCACUGACGCUGUUGAUGUCGCAGGUAAUGUUGAUCAUCGGAAUGACAGCAAUGUUGGGUGGUCUGAAACAGAAUUUGUGGACGAGGAAGCAAUAUUCGACAUGCCGAAUUUGCUCGUGGACAUGGCAGGGGGAAUGCUACUGUCCCCUCCCAGAAUUAACCCGCCACCCUCCGAUAACUCUCCCGACGACAAGCCGUACGGAGAAAAUUUGUGGAACUAUUUUUGAGCCUGUAAGUUACGGCAAAAGAACCUUGAAUAGGCAAAAUUGGGAUCGAAAGCUCCUACAUACCGAAGCCACUGCAUAAUUAACUAACAAUAUACAUGGGAAUGGGAAUUCGUCUCGGAAUUAAGUGUGUCCUGAAAUGUUUCUUCGCGUAUGUGUUUUCUUUCCAAUCAUUUCAGGGAUUGCAAGAGCGUUAGUACUUAUUACAUCCUGCUUUCAUUUUCGCAUGUGUACGCUUUGGGAAUAAACAAAUAUAAAAGCACAUAAUGACAGGGACUUGACUCGACCCAUGCAAUGUAAUGUCCCUUUUAAUUAUGAUAAUUUUAUAUAUUUCAAUUAAAUAUGAAGUGAGUGCAGGGAGGGGGGGUUUUACCGACUCCGGCUCGCAAUAGCCUUAGGGGGUCCCACUGGGAACACAAAAUGAUCCCGUUUGAUUAAGACCGACGGGAGACACUCGACACGGAUGAUAUGCUAAUAAAGGUCAUGAGAGUCAACAAAGUGUCUGUUUGAUUAAACAUUUCUGCUGUUUAGUUUUCUGAGUUUGCAAUCAUGCCACCAUAAGCGUGGUUCCUCCCCCUUGAUUCAAUUUCUUUCCAAUCCAUGCCACAGUUACAUUCAUAAAAAGUGGC